GACGUACCGGGGGCGGGCCCUCCUCGGUCACGGGUUGAUGGCGCCCUGGGCCUCCGGAGCUCCCGGCUGUGGGAGUGAGAGCGUCCGCCGCUGGAGCCGGCUGUGGGUGGCGGAGUGAGGCUGAGUGUGCGGUCCGCCUGCAGACGGGCACCAUGGACGCCGAGAGCCGGCCGUCAGAAAGUGCGAAGCUGCUGACUCCGGUGAACAGCUAUGGUUCCCAGGACAGUGACCAUGUUGUGGGCCCUCAGCCUACCCACCUGUGCCAGGGGCAAGAGGAAGAACUGAGGAGGAAACUAAAAUAUUUCUUCAUGAGUCCCUGCGACAAAUUCCGAGCGAAGGGCCGGAAACCCUUCAAACUUAUUGUGCAAAUAUUGAAGCUCAUCGUAGUCACAGUGCAGUUGAUCCUGUUUGGAUUGAGUAACCAAAUGGUGGUAGAUUUUACAGAAGAAAACACAAUGACAUUUAAGCACCUCUUCCUGAAGGAUUACACAGAUGGGUUGGAUGAUUCUUACGCUGUGUAUACACAGAAGGAUGUCUACGAUUCUAUUUUCUACACAGUUAAACAGUACCUGGCUCUGCAAAACAUGACUUUGGGACGGUACGCCUAUGUGUUCGGUGGUGAUGAGAAUCGCACUGCGCUGCAGCUCUGCCAGCGCUUUUACAAGAAAGGCAGCAUCAAUCCAGCAAACGACACCUUCAACAUCAACCCACAGGUGAUAACAGAGUGUGUGUAUGUGAAUCCCUCUUUUCACAUCAAUCCCAGAGAAACACCGCAAUACAGGAAUAUCACAUUAAAAUUCUACAAGCUGAUAGAUGUCUCCAUAAGAUUUAAACUGAAGGCAAUUAACAUUCAGACCAUUAUCAACCGUGAAAUCCCAGAUUGUUACACGUUUCAGAUUCUAAUCCUGUUUGAUAAUAAAGCGCACAGUGGCAGGAUAAAGAUCACCCUGGAUAAUGAUGUGGUUAUUAAUGAAUGUGUUGAUCCCAGUGUUCUUGGAUAUGCUAAUAACGACGCUGGACGAUUGAUUUUUGACAUUUUUAUUAUUUUGUUGUGUCUGCUUUCAUUGGUCCUGUGCACAAGAUCAGUUAUCCGAGGAUUCAUGCUGCAACAUGAAUUUGGGAAAUUCUUCCUGUUGAAACAUGGGAAGGAGGUGUCACCUGCAACUCGCAUGGAGUUUCUCAACGGCUGGUAUGUUCUGCUGAUCAUCAGUGACAUUUUCACCUUUGUGGGAACAAUCAUGAAGGUCGGAAUUGAGUCCAAGAAUUUUGCAUCCUAUGAUGUGUGCAGUAUUUUACUGGGAACCUCGACCCUGUUGGUUUGGGUUGGAGUUAUUCGCUAUUUGAGUUUCUUUCAGAAGUACAAUAUCCUCAUUGUAACUCUCCGAGCGGCGUUCCCCAAUGUGAUCCGCUUCUGCUGCUGCGUGGCUGUCAUUUACAUGGGUUAUUGCUUCUGUGGGUGGAUAGUGCUGGGACCUUAUCAUGACAAGUUUCGCACACUGUCGAUGGUUUCAGAAUGUUUGUUUUCACUCAUCAAUGGGGAUGACAUGUUUGUGACGUUCUCUCGCAUGCGACAGAAAAGUACGCUGGUGUGGCUAUUCAGCCAGCUGUACCUGUACACCUUUAUCAGCCUCUUCAUCUACAUGGUCCUCAGCCUCUUCAUCGCCCUCAUCACUGGCUCAUAUGAAGCCAUAAAGCACCAUGGAAUUAGUGGGGUCCGUCCCAUGGAGCUGCGUGAUUUCAUCGCUGAGUGCACAGACGCUCCAAACUCUGGCAAGUUCCGUGAAAUGGAGAGUUCGGUUUGCUCCUUUUUCUGCUGCUGUGACAGGUAAAGUCUGAGACGGAUGACCACUUAUGAGGACACCCUCUUGGUAAACUGACUACAGCGUCUGCUCGAGGCACUACCAGGAUCUUGUGUGGUGAUUCCAGUCGGUUGUGUGCAGUGAACGAUAACCAAAGCCUUCCGGUGAAAUACCAAGAUCGGCGAAGGCGUACCCCCAGUGUCAGUGAAAAGCAGAAUGGUUUGAAGAGACAGGAAAUGGAAAUGCUUUCUCCAAAUAACUGAUUAAAUGGUUGGCAGGUUUAUAGUAAGAGGAAUAUUUUCUCCGAUUUUAGUUUUUACAUAUGAAGGGUGCAUUGUUGUGAGACUAUCAUGUUAUUUAAUUACUUUAAUCCAAUAACUUGGAGGCAUCGAAAUCUUUGUCUUCCCCAUAUUCCAUUGGCUGGAUAGGAAAUGACAUAGAGUUGACCAGACGGCUGUUGCUGGAAGCUUCAAUCAUUAUUCAGUGUGUGAAAAGCAUUCUCUGCUAAAUCCUCUCCUACCCUGGCUUCUGCCUCUCUCUGACAAUAAUCUUCUUCUUCUACCCAAUGAGAAUGAACUGGAUCAGUGUGUUGGUAAACGGGAGCUGUGUAGUCAUUAGUAGUCUUGCUGUACUCCCAAAAAUAAUCAGUCUGUAGGUUAUUCCUCCUUGCAAAUCUGUUCCAUGGUUUAUUUACAUCCUGGGUAAAUGUUUACAUGAUACUUCUAUAAUCUUAAAGACUUCAACUGCAUCAUCCUUAAUCCUCUGUCCUGUGGACCUAGUCUAUUCAACUUAAUCCUUUUAGCCCUGCUAAUACGCUGGUGAAACUGUACUGUAUAAAUCUGAGGCCAGCAUACCCUUUGUUGUCAGGGCUGAACAUCGUAUGUCCGCUUUUUAUUGGCUUUCUAGAUUUCUGUUACUGGUUUUCCCAUAAGUCCAGGCAUCGUCUGGGAAGUCUGUUUCUCCAUUGUAAACAAAUCAUGCAAGACGUCACUUCACAAGUCCCUGCCCUCUGUGUGAGAUGGAUGCUAAUGUUGGCCAAUGAACUGGAGUUGGUGAUGGACUCAACAAGCCUAGCAGCCGUAUUGUACAGCAAAUGGUUAUUUAUUCCACGGAAUCUGUUUAAACUGUGUGCUCUACAGAGUCUAUUUUUAAAAAAAGUGCUUUCCAAUACUGCCUGCCCACAAAAGGAGGGUUAAUUCUCUCCUGCCUGGAGUGGAGGGUAGUUGCGUAAUGCAAAUUAUGUGCACAAAGCUAAUUGUUUGCUGAUAGCUAAACAGUGUCUGGAUGUGGAUCUGUCCAGUCACCUGCACUCUGACUGAGACUUGUGCUGCUGUGUGUAUCCCUUCUGGGGCGACAUUACUUAUUGAGAUGCUACAGAUUGUAUAUUCAUACAGCUGCCCCACUGUCCAGUUUCAAGUCUCAGUUCAAGGCCGUUUAAUCUCAUCAUACUGAUAAAAUGAAUUUGUGCAGCAUGUCUUGGGAUCAGGAGACCCUGUCAACAAAAUCAUGUCCGAAUUGAAACUCUGGUACAAGUGGGAUCCCCACUGCAUUUGAGUUGUCAGAGUUAAGAGUUUGUAAAGUUAAAGGGUCUAAGUUUCUUUUUAGAAAAGUGCGAGCUAAAAUAUUUUAAAACGUUUUAAAAUAUUGUAUGAUAUUGGUUCCUGUUAGGACUAGGAGAAAGUGAGGACUGCAGAUGCUGGAGAUCAGAGCUGAAAAUGUGUUGCUGGAAAAGCGCAGCAGGUCAGGCAGGAGAAUCAACGUUUCGGGCAUGAGCCCUUCAUUCCAGCAACACAUUUUCAGCUUCUGUUAGGACUAUACCAUAUUAAGUGCAAGUACAGUAGAAUUGUGCGAAGUUGAAUUGCGAGAGGCCUUGAGUGGAGUUUCGAGUGUGCUAAGAAGCCGUUCUAUAACCCGAUCUGCCUGCAAAUACACUCAAAAAAAAACACAUGAUAACGCAAUGCUGAAUGUGAGAUAUGCUUUUAAUUUUCAGUCUACUUUAACUAUGACCUGACCUUUUACAGUAAAAGGCAUUGAAAAGCAGUUUGAGUUGGUUCUGGAAAAGCUCAGUAAAUAUUUUCAGCUUACUCUGUUGUCUUCCGGAUUGUGACACACUCCUCCAUGUUGUGAAGCAGUCCAUUCUGUCAUGCUGUCUAGUGAAAUCGCAGAGCAUCUCCACAAUUUUUGCUGUUUCAGUGAGAGAGAGAUGGGUACUGGGAGUGAGUAUCCAUCGCACUCUUCAGUGUCUUCAGGGCAAUAACCUUCCUUUACUUACAUUGAUGCAUUUCCCUGGUCCAUGCCUCUAGAUGCUGGAGGUCACUGAAGAGGUAUUGCAAGCCCUGUGCUGCCUGGGUAUUGAUGGAUACAAAUCCAUGUGGUUCCCUGCAGUUUCCAAUAACAAGAACUGGUAUCUUUCUGGUGCCAACCCUGUUUGCACCAUCACUUAGGUGCCACAUUCCUUGUCUCACUUUCCAUCGCUACAUAUUCCAUCCUUAAGUAUUGAAGAACAGUCUGGAGUGGUCCAGUUGCUAGUUGGUUACACUUUUUAGGGGAGAGGUAAAGUGAGCAGUGUUUAGGAGCCGAGGUGCUAGAGGGGGGGGGCUUUGGGCUACGCCCAGGCUGAGGGUUAGUGGCUCUGGGUAUUUUGUGAUCAACACCAGCAGGACACUCUUGUCAGAUUGUGGUGAUUUCUGGCCAGCUUUUGAACUGUGUUGAGAGACCUCUCCGAGAUACUUGCCUGAGGCUGUUGUCUGAAUUGCUUCCUUCAGACAGUGGGGAAGAGGGAGAAAAUGGUAAAUUCUAGGAAAAUCCACAUUAAAAACGGAGGACUUUGCAGCGCACAAGGUCACUGAGAAGAAGAGAGGACAUGUUGACAUUUGGAGUAGCCUCCCUGAACUGUCCAGUGUUGAAAGCAGUCUGUGCCCAGUGCACUGUGGAGGUCACUUCGGAUGGAGGGUCUGCGCUCAGCGUCCGUUCAGGUAUGUGCCUGAACCCCUCAUAUACUGACAGACCUGUGUGUUUAUCCUGUGUUGUGCAGGAGUUUGCACCACAUCUUGGUCUGUAUCUGGAAGCACUGGGAAUUGUGUCAAUUGUGAUCCAUGUGUUGAAGAUUUUCACUAAAACAUUGUUCAUUUCACUCCUUGUUGUGGAUCAUUUUAUGGAUAUAUGCAAGUUGUUUUAGACCGUUAAAGUGCACACUUGUAUUGUUUUGGCCUUGACAAUGUGGACCAUUUUCUCAACUGCAUGUUUCCCUGUGUUUUCUGCCUCUGUGUUGCUCAGAAUUCCAGAGGAGUCCUUUUCAAGGUAACAUAAUAAUGUGUACAAUUUCCUAUCUUAAGCUGUUUCCAAGACGCACAAUAAUAAAUUAAAUUCAAUCCA